GAGCAGUGUGCUGGUGGCCGUGGCCCCGGUCCCAGCGCCUGGCCCACUCGUGCCCGGCCGCGUGGGAGCAGCGAGGCUCGACGUCGUGGCCCAGGCACCAUGGCCACGCACGGAAAGCUGCGGCGGGAGCGGGGGCUGCAGGCUGAGUAUGAGACCCAAGUCAAAGAGAUGCGCUGGCAGCUGAGUGAGCAGCUGCGCUGCCUGGAGCUGCAGGGUGAGCUGCGGCGGGAGCUGCUGCAGGAGCUGGCUGAGUUCAUGCGGCGGCGCGCUGAGGUGGAGCUGGAGUACUCCCGUGGCCUGGACAAGCUAGCCGAGCGUUUCUCUGGCCGUGGAGGCCGCCUAGGGGGCAGCAGCCGGGAGCACCAAAGCUUCCGGAAGGAGCCUUCCCUCCUGUCGCCCUUGCAUUGCUGGGCUGUGUUGCUGCAGCAGACGCGGCAGCAGAGCCGGGAGAGUGGCGCCCUCAGUGAGGCACUGGCUGGCCCCCUGGCCCAGCGAUUGAGUCACAUCGCAGAGGACGUGGGGCGCAUUGUGAGAAAGACUAAGGAUCUGGAGCAGCAGCUGCAGGAUGAACUCAUGGAGGUGGUCUCAGAGCUCCAGACGGCCAAGAAGACGUACCAGGUGUACCAUACAGAAAGCAUGAAUGCCGAGGCCAAGCUCCGUGAAGCUGAGCGACAGGAGGAGAAGAGGGCUGGCCGGAGUACCCCUGCCACUGUUGCCACCACUCCUACAGCUGAGGCAGGGUCCCUCCGCAAGAGCUCCCUCAAAAAAGGAGGGCGACUGGUGGAGAAGCGUCAGGCCAAGUUCUUGGAGCACAAACUCAAGUGCACAAAAGCACGCAACGAGUACCUGCUCAGCCUGGCCAGUGUCAAUGCCGCCGUCAGCAACUACUACUUGCAUGACGUUUUGGACCUGAUGGACUGCUGUGACACAGGGUUCCACCUGGCUCUGGGGCAGGUGCUUCAGAGCUACGCAGUUGCUGAGAGCCGUACCCAAGCCUCCCAGAGGCAGGGCCUAUGCAGCUUGGAGGAAGCUCUGGAGGCCCUGGAUCCCCCAGGGGACAAAGCCAAGGUGCUCGAGGUGCAUGCUACUGCCUUCUGUCCUCCACUGCGUUUUGACUACCAGCCCCAUGAGGGGGAUGAGGUGGCUGAGAUCCAGGUUGAGAUGGAGCUGCGGGAUGAGAUUCUGCCUAGAGCCCAGAACAUCCAGAGCCGCCUGGACCAACAGACCAUAGAGACAGAGGAGGUGAACAAGACGCUGAAGGCAACACUGCAGGCUCUGCUGGAGGUGGUGGCAUUAGAGGAUGGGGAUGUGCUUGAUUCCUUCCAGACCAGCCCCUCCACUGAGUCCCUCAAGUCUACAAGCUCAGACCCAGGCAGCCGGCAGGCAGGCCGUAGACGGGGCCAGCAGCAGGAGACAGAGACCUUCUAUCUCACGAAGCUCCAGGAGUUCCUGAGUGGACGGAGUAUCCUCGCCAAGCUGCAGGCCAAACAUCAGAAGCUGCAGGAGGCUAUACAGCGAGGUGACAAGGAGGAGCAGGAGAUUUCUUGGACCCAGUACUCACAGAGAAAAUUCCAGAAGAGCCACCACCCCCGCCCCAGCUCCCAGUAUAACCAGAGACUCUUUGGGGGUGAUAUGGAGAAGUUUAUCCAGAGCUCAGGACAGCCCGUGCCCCUGGUGGUAGAGAGCUGCAUCCGCUUCAUUAACCUCCAUGGCCUGCAGCACGAAGGCAUCUUCCGGGUGUCAGGUGCCCAGCCCCGGGUGUCAGAGAUUCGAGAUGCCUUUGAGAGAGGGGAGGACCCACUGGUGGAAGGCUGCAGCACCCAUGACCUGGACUCGGUGGCUGGGGUGCUGAAGCUCUACUUCCGGAGCCUGGAGCCCCCGCUCUUCCCCUCGGACCUGUUCGGGGAGCUGGUAGCUGCUUCAGAGCUGGAGGCUAUGGCAGAACGCGUGGAGCAUGUGAGCCGCCUGCUUGCCCACCUGCCGCCAUCAGUGCUGGUGGUCCUGCGCUACCUCUUCGCCUUCCUCAGCCACCUGGCCCAGUACAGCGAUGAGAACAUGAUGGACCCCUACAACCUGGCCGUGUGCUUUGGGCCAACACUGCUACCCGUGCCUGCUGGGCAGGACCCGGUGGCCUUGCAGAGCCGGGUGAACCAGCUGGUACAGACACUGAUCAUGCAGCCUGCUCAGGUGUUCCCAGCUGUCACCACGCUGCCAGGCCCUGUCUACGAGAAGUGCAUGGCUCCGCCUAACACCAACUGCCUGGGGUACACUCUUGGUGCUGCCUGGGGGGAUCCUGUGGAGGGAAGGGCCCCUUACCUGCCUUGCUCUGCUCCAAACCUCAGGGACGCUCAGCUGGAGGGCUUGGCGGGGGAGCAUGAGCCAGAGCUGGAAGCCGAGGCCACGACCCAGGAGGAUGAUCUGGAGGGGGUUGUGGAGGCUGUGGCCUGCUUUGCCUACACGGGCCGCACUGCCCAGGAGCUGACAUUCCAGCGUGGGGAUGUGCUGCGGCUGCACCAGCGAGCUUCUAGCGACUGGUGGCGAGGGGAGCACGCUGGGGCGCGGGGACUCAUUCCUCACAAGUACAUCAUGCUGCCCGCAGGGGCAGAGAAACAGGUGGCAGGCCCAGGCCCACAGGCUGCAGGGGAGCUGGGGAGCAGUCCCGAGGGGCUUCUGGCCUUGGAGUCCACCUAUCGGAUAGGAGGAGUCACUACCAAGUUAGCUCAGGGGCUUUCCAGGGUCCCCUACCGGGCUCACUGUCUGUGCCCUGCAGGCCAGAGGUGUGCACCCUACCUGAGGUUGUGGGCCCCUCUGGGCACAGACGGCGCUGCUUGGUCACAUCCUCCCCAGAACAACACAUGGAGGUGGAUAAGGCUGUGGCACAGAACAUGGACUCCGUGUUUCAGGAGCUCUUGGGAAAAACCGCUAUUCGCCAGGGCCUUGGGCCAGCAUCUGCCACCUCCCCCAGCCCAGGGUCCCGUGGCCGCCUGGGCAGGAACAAAGGCUUCUCCCAUAGCCCUGGGGCCCCAGCCUCACCCUCAGCAUCAAAUGCCCAGGGUCCAGACUCAACCCUCAAGCCACACUGAGGUGCUGCUGGAGGAAUCUCUGGGCCUGACCUUGCCCCAGGUGGCCACCCAGAGACUGGCCACUCUCCCCAGCCCUCUGCUUCUUCCAAGUACAGAGGAGGGUAAGGCUGCCCAAAUAGGGGUCCCAGCCCAUGCCCUGCCUGCACCCAACCCUGGCAUAGACCCCUUUGGGGGCAGCUGAGGAAGGAGACUUUGCUGUGAAAGCUCAGCGGCAGCCAUUAGGUGGCAGGCACCCUUGCUCAGAUGAGCUCUUUUUCAGCUGCCUGGCAGGGGGGUUGGGGAGUGGCGAUUCAUAAAGACCAAUGGAUUGUU